GGUAGCUGUGUGACGUCACACCCUUGUCCUUGAGCAUAAAGUAGAUAGACGAUAGUACGUUAUAAAUGGGCAUUAACAAUGUUUUCGACGGUUUUAAAUAAUAAUAGAAGCAAAACGCAAUGUCGAAAAGGCAUCCGAAGGAACCAAAACGUGCACUGUGCAAACGUAGUGAUAAAUUUGACGAGAUUUCGACGAGAAACGACGGUAAUUUUGUGUUGGAAAUUGUCAUCGGUUCGAUAAAUGUCAAACGUUGGAAUCAGCUUAAAAUUACGUUAUCGUGCACAACAAACGAGGAACUGUCUACGUUUCUUUUAGAUCUCGCCGAAAAGUACUUAAAGGAGAAUAAAUUAGCAUCUCUGCAAUCAGAAAUUAGGGCAUUAAAAAAAAUUGGUGAAGAAAGUGUACCUGAAGUAGAGCAUAGUACAGCUGACGAUCAUCAAAAUGUGGCAAAAAAUGAUCGUAGCAAACGUAGAAAAAUUCAAGAUAAAGAAACUGUUGUUCAGAUUACAACGCAGGAAGAAAAUGAGGAUGAUAACGUAAACGAUACAAAGCAGGCUGAGCCAAUUACAGAAGACGUUAACUUGGAAGCAGCUCCUCCUGUUGAUGACUCGAAAGGGAUAGAUAAAAUUCGGAAACAUCGCAGAAAAGAGAAGGAAAAUGCGGAUAAGAAUAAAACAUUAGAGAAACAAAAAAAGAAAACGAACAAUUACGACAUUAGAAAGGCUCCCGAGUUGAAUGAGCAAAUUGAAGAAAAGGCGGACCCUGAUGGUGCUCUUCUUAAUGAGGGUGACUUAGACCCUCAGCGAGUUGCUAUAAAAAUUAAGUUGUGUUGCACUUGUGGCACACGUCAUAUUCAAGAUCAUUGUCCAUUGCAAAACCCUCACUUUGUAGUCCAUGACAGUUUAAGAUACGAGGAAUGGUCAGAAAAGUACAAACCUUUAUACGAGCAGCAACUGCAUGUGGAAGACUCACAGGAAAAUAAGGAAAAUAUCACAUUCUCGUUCUUAUCGCUCCCACACGGUCUUCAGCUAAACGAGGUAAAUGGCACAGAAGAAUUGUGCAUCGUUACAAGCAUAACCAUCAAGGAAUUCACGCAAUUCGGGCCACUAUUCGGUAAAACUGUUAAGGAGGUCGACAUUUCGGAGGACUUCAACAUGAAGCAUCUGUGGGAAAUUUACUCCGAUAAAUCCCAUAUUUAUGUAAACACGGAAGAUUUGAAUGAGUCCAAUUGGAUCAGAUUUGUGCGACCGGCGCCGACACGCGACGAGAGAAAUGUUACUGCUAUCUCUAGGAAUUGCGAGCUGUUUCUCGUCAGUGUUAAAGAAAUCGGCGCUGGACAGGAAUUGUUGUAUUGGCAAGAUGAUGUCUUAAGCACAACAAAAAAGAAAAUGGAAAAAACUACCUGCGGCGGUUGCAACAUGACAUUCUGCCACCCUCUUUACUACCGAACUCAUUGCUCAAUCUUUCACGACAUACGCUACAGCUUAACGAUUCGUAAAUAUCACUGUAAGGUCUGUGGAGUCGCCGUACUCGGCAAAGAAAAUAUCAUGAAGCACGCCGCCGAAUUGCACAACGGGCAAGGCGCUUACCAAUGCCAGUUCUGUAAAAAGUUUUUCUUACGCUUGAAUUAUUUAGAAAUGCAUCGGACGUACGGAUGCUCGGCUAAUCCGCACAGAUCACGCCCGUUAUGCGAUUUUUGCGGGAGGAAAUUCUGCCAGCCGCAGAAGUUGAAGGUGCACAUCAAGCGAAUGCAUAGCGAUUUAGCGGAGGUACUCAAGGAAUUUCAAUGUAAAAGCUGCAUGAAGUUGUUGGGUUCCCGUGCAGCGUUGCAGCGUCACAUGAAGGAAGUACACAAUAAACAAUUGAAUGGGGCGUGCGCGUGUAGUAGAUGCGGAAAAUUGUUUCAGAACAAGUCCAACUUGAAGAUUCAUAUGCUGACUCAUAGCGGUAUUAAACCUUUUAGGUGUAUGGAAAGAAACUGCAACGCAGCAUUUACUACUAAACAAUGUCUUCAAUUUCACUACAAGAAAGUGCACGGCUUCACAGACGACAUGAUGCCCAAAAUUAAACGAAGCGUGGAUUACACUUUUGAAGCGUAUAGCGGGGACAGAGACCAGGAUCAAGACGGUGAAAUUGUUGAUAAAAUCUCAGAUACUGGAAACGAGAAUAACUUUUUAAAUGACGUUUCCGAUGAUGAGAACAGCUUAGACGAUAAGAAUUUAGAUGAUCCCCCUGCUGUAUGUUCACCCCCGCAACUUGCCACAGAACAUUCUUCUGUCUCAAAUUCUAGUCCUCCGGCAUUGGAAUCUUAUUCGAAUUCCAACUUGAAAAUUCUCAGUAAGGGAAGCAAGAAAUGGUUGGGUGACGAUCCACUGCCGACUUUGAAAAAUGAAAUUUAUCGUUUAAGUCAUGUUCAGGACAGCAAAAUAAGUAAUUCCGAUAUCGGCUUAGAUGUUAACGAACAGCACGCUUACGAACGCACUAAGUUAAGUAUGAAUUUGAACGUUUAUUCGCGGCACGAGUCCUCGAAUGCCAGCCUUCUGGUGGAAGCGGCGUUGGACUCUGUCACUGAUAUACACUGUAGCGACUCAACAAUUAAUAUUGACGUCGACUCUACACCCACCGGUACAGAAGUCCUAGUGAACAAUCUAUGUACCCUAACCCAUCCCGAUACCUUAUCAGACGUACCUUACAACCAUUCAGUGGAUUUAGGCGAAUCGCGCGACAUUAAUCUAAUAUCCCCGUCAGUGAACGAACCUAUUUCAGUAACAGACGGCGAAAAUAUGGGCAUCGAUUACUCGAACUUUCACCAUAACGAUUUUAGCCCAACCAACAGUCCGGGUCUCCAACACCGCGCGGACUUUAAUCGGGACUACAUCGACGUGGGCCAAGUUUCCCCUCAAGACUUGCAAAGUUACAAUUCAUCCCACGAAAAAAAUUUGUCGCCCGGCGUCAGCCCGCCCAGAUACAAUUUCGGCCAUUCCAUCAGCGCGGACCACGUCUCGUCGGACGACAGUAACGGAAUGAGUGUCCAAAAUUUGAGUUUACACGGCGCCAAAAACGACGUGCAACUAGAUCUAUCCAUCUACAAAUCGCCUUAUCUAGACACCAACUUUCAAUUGCGCAAAGACUUAGGCAUGAAAUUGAACUUGGAACCGGAACGGAAGCAGGUGUACGUCUUGGAGAUUAACGAUGGUAAAAUGUACCACGAUAACGCAUUAAACGACGAGUGCAACAAGUACGAUCUACCCUCAGAGUCGUCCGAACGCGAUCAAGUCGAAAGUUUCGAUUCGAAUAUGUGCAACAAAGAUUUCGAAAAUAUCGACAGCGACGAUAUUAAACACAAAGUCUCAGAGCUCAGAUCUAAGUAUGAGGUCGAGUCGCUUGCGUCUGAAAUACGAAACAAGCAGUUUGAGAUUGACCUGAAUUUGCGGACUAAGAGUUACGACCUGGCAAAUCGCAGCGUUUACGAUAGUGCGGUAGAUGGCGAUUUUCGCGUUAAGGGCUACGACAUCGGCGAAGGCGUAGACGUACGGAAUAAUUUAAUUGAAUCCGAAUUUCGUUUGGAUCGAAAUUUUGAACCGAUCAUACUCAACUCGACCGAGUUGCAAGGACUCGAUAUGUCGGCUCGUAGUUAUCACAAUUAUCAUAGCUCGCAAAAUUUGAAUAGGUAUCAUCAUUUGUAUCCGGAUGUAGAGCGCUCGAGCGUCGAUUUAAGAUUAAAUUAUAGCCCGCCUUUACCUUCCUACCCUCAUGCCGAUGUUUUAAGGGUGGUGUCUUUGGAUUUAACCUCGCCUGGUAGGCAUAGUGUAGAUCUUAGUCUACGUUCAAAUCCCUUACACGUACAUCAGUUGGGGAAUUCUAGACUACUUACUGAUCACAGUAUUCAAGCUAAUCGUAUUUUAAACGAUCACAAUAGGUUAGGUUUAGAUCAGAGCCGCCUGUUAAGUUCGGAGCUUAACACGAGUAGACCGCGAUUAAUUGCGGAUACGGGAAAUCGGGUACUUUCUGAUCAUAGUACAAACCGCUUGUUAUCCAGCGAGCAGUUAUCCGGAAAUCAUUUACUUGGCACAGACGAAUCCAGGCUAUUAGAGCAGAGUAGAAUUAUUUCUGAUAGUCGCAUACUUCCGGCUUCUACGGGUAAUGGCUCAGUUUCACCUUUACCGUACGGUACUUAUUCCGUUUCACCUACACCAUACCAUCCCACGCCGUUAACGUCUCGUUCCCAUACCACUUCCCCUACACCGUCACCUUAUCAUCAUUACUCAAGUUAUUAUUAAGAGAGAACAACAGACUACUUAUAUCACAUAUUUUGUACCAUGCAAUAGUUUAUUACUCGUUUUUUUCAUGUAAUACUGCUUCUUUGGGGUGGAUAAGGUAAUGUUGGUCAAAAAUGAUUUGCAUUAUUCAGUUUAUCUUUAUCUCCACACAAUUAGGUAGUCACACAAGUUUGGUCCUUACCAUACUCGAUGAUGUUAUACAAAUUCGAUCUGCGCCAUCAUGGAAUAAAAACUUUCUCAUUUCCUAAAAAAGCAUAAAAGGGUUAGAUGUAGGUUUUGUUUGUACGAGUAUUUUUAUAGGUAGUUAAGAAACAUUCUCUGCACUUUUUGUUAAUAACUUAUUCCUGUAAAUUCUUCAUUUUUUUCAAAUUUAGGAAAAAUAAACAAGUGGCUAUCGCCACUGUGGGAGAUAGUACAAAUAGUCUAAGAUGCCAUAUAAGGCCAACUUUCACACUUCUGUUUACUGAGUGAAAUGCAUUUUUUAGUACUCUUAGUAUGUAAACAAACGCAUUGCAAAUAGGUUUCGUAAAAAGUCAAGACUACCCUUAAUUAAAAUUAAUGUAGUUCAUAUUUCUAUCUACUUCUAUAAUAUGGAGAGAGCGCAUGCGCACUAUCGAUGCGUACCCCACAAUCAGCUGUUACGGUGCUUCCUUCUCUUUCACACGGAACAGUACGGUUGUCGCAAUUCUAAGUACCACACGAGAGAGACACGUGUAUUGUUCCAUGUGUAAGAGAAAGACGUACGCUAACACCUGAUCGUGAGGUACGCAUCGACGUGAGUGCGCAUGCCCUCUCUCCAUGUGAUAGAAGCAGACAGACAGAAAUAUUAAUUACAUUAACUUUAUUUAGGGUAGUGUUGACUUAAUUUUUUAGGCAACCAUUUGCAAUGUGUUUCUUUACACAUUAAGAUUGCUAAAAAAUGUAUUUCACUCAGUAAACAGAUGAGCAAAGGUUGCCUUAUGUGGGGGGAUCUUGUACUAAAAGGUUAACCCUACACUCCUCAAAUUCGUUAACGUCUUUUUUUAAGCAGAGUAAUUUUACCAAGUUAAAAAAAAACGUACAAAGGUCUAAACUCACUGAGAAAAAUGGACUAUUUUGGUCAUUUGUAAUGUCCAGCUGUUCGUUAGGCAACCAACACGCCACCCGCCCAAAGCUACCCAAAUGUAUUUGCAAAGAACUACCUACUUGCACCAAGGGAUGAGAAUUGCAAUGUAUUUCAUUUUGCUAAUCAUAUCGUUGCAAAUGGAAGUAUGAUGACCUGUAAAAGGCCUCUUGAGGACGCUAGAAUCCCCCUAAAUCGCUUAGAAGAGUCUAAAAAGGUUUCCUAGCGCUUUCCAGACUUUGUAUGGAUCUGACAAUUAUCAGUAGGGAGGAUGACAGAAUAACCCUGGAAAGUCUAUAGAGUGCUUUCCAGAACAGAUCUUAUAGCACAAGAUCUUUAGAACCUCUCAGGAGGUCUAGAGUCUAAACUCUUUCAAAAACCUUCAAAAUGGAGGACACUGUUUCGAUAAAAGUGUAACUUUUUGUGUGGAAUGAAUAUUCAUUAACUGGUUAAGUAAACAACUUUGGCCAACAUCAGUUGUAGAUAUACAUCUAAGACUUUUUUUACAAUCCGUAUUAUUUUUCAAUCAUCAAAUGAUGGGACUGUUUUGACCAUUGGAAUCUUUAUUUAAUUUUAAUUUAUUAAUGAUGUACCAAACACACAAGUGUAUAGUCACAAAUAUUUUGAGGUAAUAGUAAACACCAACUCAAUAUAAUUCAAUUUUUUUUAUCCUCACUUGACGUUCUACAGUAUUACAUUACAAUGUCGAUAUUAUUUUUUGUGUAGGUCAAGUGUAGUCUACUCGUACGGUGCACACCUCAUUAAGCUUUGUUGUAAUUAAGUUCCACACGUUCUGUAAAGAUUAUGAGCAUGUACUACAUGUUGUCAGUCAUCUGAAGGUACAUUAAGCGUUUUUGUGAUAUGUAUAUUUAAGUAAACUUAAUUUUGUAUUAAUCGGAGUUGACUAGGAGAAAUUAUUAGUUACAAUUUGACCUCGUCUUAAUUGUAAUAUCAGUGUUGCUUGUUGCAUAUUAUUUAUGUAUAUUGUGAUUGUUAACCUAAUAAUUUGUUUUAAGAUAUGCAAUGGUAUUAACUGGCAAUAUAUUAAGAAAUGUAUUUCUUGUGGAUCUACUUAGCGUAGAUACAGUAGCUCAAGUGGAUGCACGAUUUAUUAACGAAAUUGGUGCAUGAGUGUUAGGCUAUUUUAAUUGAUGGCAAUAUUUCUCUAAUUUGUUCAUCCUUUGUUGUUUUAUCAAGUUUUUAUACAUAUUCCUGAAAUAAAAUGUUAUUAUUGCAAGAUUAA